AUGGCAGGUAAAGUUAACUAGCAAGCUUACAAUGUCUGAUGCAUAAAUUGAAGGGGCUUGUUUAUCGCCCAUAAAGUUGCUAAGUUUCUAUGUAUAUUGUCCGCUUUCUUGCCAUUUGGAGAGAAGCUAGCUAGCUAGCUAGCUAGCUAACAUUAGCCUCCUCCGAGUUGGGCGUGUACUCUGCAUGUUGUCCCGCGUAGCAGAUGCUUCCGCUAGAUUUAACGUUAUAGUAGCUAGCUAGCUAACUUCAACAACAUUAGCUAACUAGUUAUAUUAACUAGCUAACUAACUAGCUUUCUAUAUUUGCUAUCACUUUCUCUGUAUUGAAGCUACCAAACAAUGAUGUCAGUAAGUUGCUCAAUAGUUGUCUUCUCUAAUUAUGGAAAGUAACGUUAGUCAGUAGAUUAUAAAAAAGCAUGCUCGCUUGCUAACUAGAUAUAGAAGAUUCACAUUAAUCUUUGACAUCAAAGCCAUGAAUGAUGCAGCUUUUGAUUUCUAAAGCGUUGCUCUGUUUGUGGGGUUCUAGGAGCCGGCGGCGGGGGCAAUGAUGUGCAGUGGUGUUUUUCUCAAGUCAAAGGAGCGAUUGAUGACGAUGUGGCUGAAGGUAAGACUGAUGAUUCAGGCUCUAGACAGUUAGCUAGCUACGUUAGUUGAUGUAGUCUAGCUUGGGUGCAGUCAAUAAUGCACUUAGCUUGCUACUGUACAGUGCCUUCAGAAAGUAUUGACACCCCGUUACCUUUCCCACAUUUUGUUGUGUUACAGCCUGAAUUUAAAAUGGAUGAUUUUGAGAUUUUGUGCACACAAUACCCCAUAAUGUCAGUGGACUUUUGUAUGUAGAACAUCUUAGAAAUUAAUAACUAAUUCAAAGCUGAAAUAUCUUGAGUCAAUAAGUAUGUAACCCCUUUGUUAUGACAAGCCUAAAUAAGUCCAGGAGUGAAAAAAAAAAAGCAUAACAAAUCACAUAAUAAUUGGCAUGGACUCACUCUGUGCAAUAAUAGUGUUUAACAUGAUUUUUUAAUAACUACCUAAUCUCUGUACCCCACACAUAACAUUAUCUGUAAGGUCCCUCAAUCAAGUAGUGAAUUUCAAGCACAAAGACAAGGGAGGUUUUUCAAUGCCUUGGUAAGAUGUGUUUUACAAAUCAAUACACCCAGUCACUACAAAGAUCCAGGCGACCUUCCUAACUCAGUUGCCGAAGAGGAAGGAAACUGAUCAGGGAUCUCACCAAGCCAAUGGUGAUUUUAAAACAGUUAGAGUUUAAUGGUUGUGAUAGGAGAAACUGAGGAUGGUUCAACAACAUUGUAUACUGAACAAAAAUAUAAACGCAACAUACAACAAUUUAAACGAUUUUACUGAGUUACAGUUCGUAUAAGGAAAUUAGUCAAUUGAAAUAAAUUAAUUAUGCCCUAAUCUAUGGAUUUCAUAUGACUGGGCAGGGACGCAGCCAUGGGUGGGUUUGGGAGGGCAUAGGCCCACCCACUUGGGAGCCAGGCCCACCCACUGGGGAGCCAGGCCCAGCCAAUCAGAAUGAGAUUUUCCCCACAAAAGGGCUUUAUUACAGGCAGAAAUACUCCUCCGUUUCAUCAGCUGUGCGGGUGGCUGGUCUCAGAUGAUCCCGCAGGUGAAGAAGCCGGAUGUGGAGGUCCUGGGAUGGCGUGGUUACAAGUGGUCUGGGGUUGUGAGGCCGGUUGGACGUACCGCCAAAUUCUCUAAAACGACGUUGGUAGAGAAAUUAACAUUACAUUCUCUGGCAACAGUUCUUGUGGACAUUCCUGCAGUCAGCAUGCCAACUGCACGCUUCCUCAAAACUUGAGACAUCUGUGUCAUUGUGUUGUGUGACAAAACAGCACAUUUUAGAGUGGCCUUUUACUGUCCCCAGCACAAGGUGCACCUGUGUAAUGAUCAUGCUGUUUAAUUAGCUUCUUGAUAUGCUUCUUGAAGUUUGUGCACAUAAUUUGAGACAAAUAAGCUUUUUGUGAGUAUGGAACAUUUCUGGGAUCUUUUAUUUCAGCUCAUGAAACAUGGGACCAACACUUUACACAUUUUUUAUAUUUUUGUUCAGUAUACUUACUCCACAAUACAAACCUAAAUUACAGAAUGAAAAGAAGAGAGCCUGUAUAGUAUAAAAGUUUUUGUCCUGAAUACAAUCAAAUUGUAUUUGUUACAUGCUUCGUAAACAACAGGUGUAGACUAACAGUGAAAUGCUUACUUACGGGACCUUCCCAACAAUGCAGAGAGAAAUAAUAGAAAAAUAAUAACACAGGGAAUAAAUACACAAUGAGUAACGAUAACUUGGCUAUAUACACGGGGUGCCAGUACCGAGUCGAUGUGCAGGGGUACGAGGUCAUUUUGAGGUAGUUAUGUACAUAUAGGUAGGGAUAAAGUGACUAUACAACAGGAUAGAUUAACAGUAACAGCAGUGUAUGUGAUGGGUUAAAAGAGUUGGUGCAAAAAGGGUCAAUGCAGAUAGUCCGGCUAGCUAUUGGUUAACUAUUUAACUAACAAUUUAGCAGUCUUAUGGCUUGGGUUUAGAAGCUGUUCAGGGUCCUGUUGGUUCCAGACUUGGUGCAUCGGUACCACUUGCUGUGCGGUAUCAGAGAGAAGUCUAUGGCUGUUUUCACACUUGUUCCCUUUCAGACAGUUUUUGUGAACUCAGUGCCCCUGAAGCAAACCAAGAAAAUCUCGAGAGGUGGUCUGAGUUCGGUUCGCUUGAAUUCCGCGGUCCGGUUCCCGUUUUUUAGGGUAAUGUGAACACAAAGCUCCCCAGGUUCACUUGUCAUUAUUCCUGCACCACACACAAGACUUCUGCAACACCGUUUCCCCUGCCAUAACCCCUCACAUUGGUGCCACAAAAGAUAGAAGAUGAUGUGCAGCGGCGUAUUCAUUACGCCAAUUCUGUUGAAAAAACAUUUUUAGUAAUGGAAGCAGCUACCUGAAUUUGUCCAAUAGAAACUCUGGUUUUAGUUAACUUUUUGGCUAAUGAUUACACCCCAGAUUCACGUAAAAACGUGCGGUUUUUGGAUAUUGAUUAGCGAUUGUCAAGGAUGCACAGAAAUUCCAAAAUAUGUGUGGAGUUUUUAGUUCAGAUUAUUUGUUCGCAAGAUGUGAUCUACAGGCUAAGAGAGCUUCAUAAGAUGUUUAUUCGAUCGUGGGGUUUAAAUAGUGUGAGAAGAUGACAUAUUUAGUGAGAUUCACAACAGGGUACAAAAUCAAUUCUAGCUCUUAUAGGGGCAGUAGCAUAAAUUGGGUGUACAAUUUUCAAUGACAGCAUUAUUUAAUCUGCAGUUAAUCUUCUGCUAUUUAUUCUGUUACCAAUAAUACAGUGAGGGGAAAAAAGUAUUUGAUCCCCUGCUGAUUUUGUACGUUUGCCCACUGACAAAAAAUGAUCAGUCUAUCAUUUUAAUGGUAGGUUUAUUUGAACAGUGAGAGAGAAUAACAACAAAAAAAUCCAGAAAAAAACACGUGUCAAAAAUGUUAUGAAUUGAUUUGCAUUUUAAUGAGGGAAAUAAGUAUUUGACCCCCUCUCAAUCAGAAAGAUUUCUGGCUCCCAGGUGUCUUUUUUAUACAGGUAACGAACUGAGAUUAGGAGCACGCUCUUAAAGGGAGUGCUCCUAAUCUCAGUUUGUUACCUGUAUAAAAGACACCUGUCCACAGAAGCAAUCAAUCAAUCAAUCAGAUUCCAAACUCUCCACCAUGGCCAAGACCAAAGAGCUCUCCAAGGAUGUCAGGGACAAGAUUGUAGACCUACACAAGGCUGGAAUGGGCUACAAGACCAUCGCCAAGCAGCUUGGUGAGAAGGUGACAACAGUUGGUGCGAUUAUUCGCAAAUGGAAGAAACACAAAAUAACUGUCAAUCUCCCUCGGCCUGGGGCUCCAUGCAAGAUCUCACCUCGUGGAGUUGCAAAGAUUAUGAGAACGGUUAGGAAUCAUCCCAGAACUACACGGGAGGAUCUUGUCAAUGAUCUCAAGGCAGCUGGGACCAUAGUCACCAAGAAAACAAUUGGUAACACACUACGCAGUGAAGGACUGAAAUCCUGUAGCGCCCGCAAGUUCCCCCUGCUCAAGAAAGCACAUAUACAGGCCCGUCUGAAGUUUGCCAAUGAACAUCUGAAUGAUUCAGAGGAGAACUGGGUGAAAGUGUUGUGGUCAGAUGAGACCAAAAUGGAGCUCUUUGGCAUCAACUCAUCUCGCCGUGUUUGGAGGAGGAGGAAUGCUGCCUAUGACCCCAAGAACACCAUCCCCACCGUCAAACAUGGAGGUGGAAACAUUAUGCUUUGGGGGUGUUUUUCUGCUAAGGGGACAGGACAACUUCACCGCAUCAAAGGGACGAUGGACAGGGCCAUGUACCGUCAAAUCUUGGGUGAGAACCUCCUUCCCUCAGCCAGGGCAUUGAAAAUGGGCUGUGGAUGGGUAUUCCAGCAUUUUGAUGCAAUGGCUUGUCCUGCACUUUGUAAAAACCCAGAGUUCAUUGGGUGAAUGUUGGGGAAAAAAUCUUGGUUCCUUUCUAAACAGCAAUGUGAAUGCAAAGAGGUCUCGGACCACCAAAUAAGUGAAGUGGCCUGGCAAAAGAGUUGAGUCCUCAUUCAAAGGCAAGGGCAGUGUGAAUACAAAGAUAACUGAGUUAUUUAGCUUAUUUCUUACCCCAGAGUUUAAUUUAAAGAAGACUGAGAUCGGUUAUUUUAAAGAGGACUAUAUGUGAAAACACCCUAUAACUUGGGUGGCUGGAGUCUUUGACAGUUUUUAGGGCCUUCCUCUGACACCGCAUGGUAUAGACGUCCUGGAUGGCAGGGAGCUCGGACCCAGUGAUGUACUAGGCCGUACACACUACCCUCUGUAGCGCCUUGCGGCCGGAUGCCAAGCAGUUGCCGUACCAAGCGGUGAUGCAGCCAGUCAAGAUGCUCUCAAUGGUGCAGCUGUAGAAAUGUUUGAGUGUCUAAGGGCCCAUGCCAAAUAUUUGCUGCCUCCUGAGGGGGAAGAGGUGUUGUCGUGCCUUCUUCACGACUGUGUUGGUGUGUUGUGGACCAUGAUAAUUCCUUAGUGAUGUGAACCCAGAGGAACUUGGAAGUUCUCGACCUGCUCCACUACAGCCCCUUCGAUGUGGAUGGGGGGCCUGCUUGGCCCUCCGCUUCCUGUAGUCCACGAUCAGAUCCUUUGUCUUACUGAUUUUGAGAGAGAGGUGGUUGUCCUGGCACCACACUACCAGGUCUCUGACCACAACCCUGUAGGCCGUCUCAUCAUCAUCAGUGAUCAGGCCUACCACCGUUGUGUCGUCUACAAACUUAAUGAUGGUGUUCGAGUCGUGGGUGAACAGGGAGUACAGGGGGGGACUAAGCACACACCCCUGAGGGGCCCCUGUGUUGGGGGUCAGCGUGGCAGAUGUGUUGCCUACCGUCACCACCUGGGGGCGGCCCUUUAUGAAGUCCAUGAUCCAGUUGCAGAGGGAGGUGUUUAAUCCUAUAGUCCUUAGCUUAGUGAUGAGCUUAGUGAGAGCACUGUGGUGUUGAACACUGAGCUGUAGUCAAUUAACAGCAUUCUCACGUAGGUGUUCCUUUUUGACCAGGUGGGAAAGGGCUGUGGAUCUGUUGGGGCGGUAUGCAAAUUGGAGUGGGUCUGGUAUGAAUGUGUUGAUGUGAGCCAUGACCACCCUUUCAAAGCAUUUCAUGACUACAGAUGUGAGUGCUACGGGGCGAUAGUCAUUUCGACAGGUUACCUUGCCAUUCUUGGGCACAGGGACUAUGGUGGUCUGCUUGAAACAUGUGGGUGUUACAGACUGGGUCAGGGAGAGUUUGAAAAUGUCAGUGAAGAUACUUGCCAGCUGGUAAUCUGUCUGCCCUGCGGCCUUGUGAAUGUUAACCUGUUUAAAGGUCUUACUCACAUCGGCUACGGAGAGCAUGAUAACACAGUCGUCCGGAACAGCUGGUGCUCUCACUAUGGUUCAUUGUUGCUAGCCUCGAAGCGAACAUAGAAGGUAUUUAGCUCAUCUGGGAGGCUUGGUUUCCCUUUGUAACCUGUGAUAGUUUGCAAGCCCUGCCACAUCCGACGAGCGUCAGAGCCGGUGUAGUAGAAUUCAAUCUUGGUCCUGUAUUGACGCUUUGCCUGUUUGAUGGUUGGUCGUAGUGCGUAGCGGGAUUUCUUAUAAGCAUCCGGAUUAGUGUCCCGCUAUUUGAAAGCGGCAGCUCUAGCCUUUAGCUCAGUGUGGAUGUUGCCUGUAAUCCGUGGCUUCUGUUUGGGAUAUGUACGUACGGUACUGUUGGGACGACGUUGUUGAUGCACUUAUUAAUGAAUCCCGUAACAUAUUCCGGUUUGUGCUAGCGAAACAGUUAUGAAGCUUAGCAUACGCUUCAUUGGACCACUUCCGUAUUGCGCGCGUCACUGGUAUUUCCUGUUUUGAGUUUUUUUGUUUGUAAGCAGGAAUCAGGAGGAUAGAGUUAUAGUCAGAUUUGCCAAAUGGAGUGCAAGGGAGAGCUUUGUAUGCGUCUCUGUGUGUGGCGUGAAGUUGAACUAGUGUUUUUCGCCUCUAGUUGCACAGGUGACAUGCUGGUAGAAAUGAGGUACAACUGAUUUCAGUUUUCCUGCAAUAAAGUCACUGGCCACUAGGAGCGCCGCCUCUGGGUGAGCAUUUUCUUGUUUGCUUAUGGCCCUAUACAGCCCAUUGAGUGCGGUCUUAGUGCCAGCAUCAGUUUGUGGUGGUAAAUAGCCAGCUAUGAAAAAUAUAGAUAACUCUCUUGGUAAAUAGUAUGGUCUACAGCUUAUCAUGAAGUAUUCUAACUCAGGUGAGCAGAACCUCGAGACUUCCUUAAUAUUAGAGAUGGCGCACCAGUUGUUGUUGACAAAAAGACACACACCCGCCUCCCCGGAGCUUCCCCGACGCCUCCAUUCUGUCAUGUUGAUGUAUAGAAAAAACUGCUAGAUUUAUAUUGACCAUUUCCUUGUUCAGCUACGACUUGCCACGACUCUGAGAGACAUGGGAUAGUACAGUUCUUCAGAUCACGUUGAUAGGAUAGUCUCGAACGGAGCUCAUCCAGUUUAUUCUCCAGUGAUUGCACAUUCGCUAAUAGAACGGAGGGUAGAGCCGACGUAUCCACACCAACGUAGGCUCGUCUGGUAUCCCGCACGCCGGCGUCUAUAGCGCCGUCUCCUCCUCAUCCUCCUCCUUCGAGUGUCGGGGAUUUGGUCCGGGAUAAUCAAUAUCUUUCACCUCCGACUCAUUGAAGUAGAAGUCCUCAUCCAAAUCUAAGUUAGUGAUAGCUGUUCAGAUGUCCAGAAGCUAUUUUCGGUCAUAGCAAACGAUGGCGGAAACAUUAUGUACAAAAGAUCAGUGGGGGGAAAAAACAAUAGCACGAUUGGUCAGGAGCCUGUAAAACGGACUCUAUUCCCUCCAGCGCCAUUCUACAACAAAGCGGUAUGUUCGGGGCAAAUCCAACACAUCGCUGAGUACCACUCUUCAUAUUCUCAACCAUGGCGGUGGCUGCAUCAUGUUAUGGGUAUGCUUGUUUUCAGCAAGGACUAGGGAGUUUUUUUUUAAUUAUAAAAAGAAAAGGAAUCCAGCUAUAAGUACAGGCAAAAUCCUAGAAAACCUGGUUCAGUCUGCUUUUCAACAGACACUGGGAGACAAAUUCACCUUUUCAGCAGGACGAUAAACUAAAACACAAGGCCAAAUCUACACUGGAGUUGCUUACCAAGAUGACAUUGAAUGUUCCUGAGUGGCCUGGUUACAGUUUUGACUUAAAUCGGCUUAAAGAUCUAUGGCAAGACUUGAAAAUGGCUGUCUAGCAAUGAUCAACGAUCAACUUGACAGAGCUUGAAUAAUUUAAAAAAGAAUCAUGGGCAAAUAUUGUACAUUCCUUAGAGACUUACCCAAAAAGACUCACAGCUGUAAUUGCCGCCAAAGGUGGUUCUACGAAGUAUUAACUCAGGGAUGUGAAUACUAAUGUAAAUAAGAUUUCUGUAUUCAUUUUCAAUAAAUGUGCAAAAAGUUAUAAUAACAUGUUUUCAUUUUGUCAUUACGGGGUAUGGUACACUACCAGUCAGAAGUUUGGACACCUACUCAUUCAAGGGUUUUUCUUUAUUUUUACUAUUUUUUACAUUGUAGAAUAAUAGUGAAGACAUCAAAACUAUGAAAUAACACAUAUGGAAUCAUGUAGUAAACAAAAAAGUGUUUAACAAAUCAAAAAAAAAGAAAUAUAUAUAUAUAUAUAUUUGCAUUUGCCUUGAUGACAGCUUUGCACACUCUUGGCAUUCUCUCAACCAGCUACACCUGGAAUGCUUUUCCAGCAGUCUUGAAGGAGUUCCCACAUAUGCUGAGCACUUGUUGGCUGCUUUUUCUUCACUCUGCGGUCCGUCUCAUCCCAAACCAUCUGAAUUGGGUUGAGGUCGGGGGAUUGUGGAGGCCAGGUCAUCUGAUGCAGCCCUUACACAGCCUGGAGGUGUAUUGAGUCAUUGUCCUGUUGAAAAACAAAUCAUAGUCCCACUAAGCCCAACCCAGAUGGGAUGGUGUAUCACUGCAGAAUGCUGUGGUAGCCAUGCUGGUUAAGUGUGCCUUGAAUUCUAAAUAAAUCACAGUCAGUGUCCCCAGCAAAGCACCAUAACACCACCUCCUCCAUGCUUUACGGUGGGAAAUACACAUGCGGAGAUCAUCCAUUCACCUACUCUGCGUCUCAAAGACACGGCGGUUGGAACCAAAAAUCUCAAAUUUGGACUCCAGACCAAAGGACACAUUUCCACCAGUCUAAUGUCCAUUGCUCGUGUUUCUUGUCCCAAGCAGGUCUCUUCUUAUUAUUGGUGUCCUUUAGUAGUGGUUUCUUUGUAGCAAUUUGACAAUGAAGGCCUGAUUCACACAGUCCCCUCUGAACAGUUGAUGUUGAGAUGUCUGUUACUUGAACUCUGUGAAGCAUUUAUUUGGGCUGCAAUUUCUGAGGCUAGUAACUCUAAUGAACUUAUCCUCUGCAGCAGAGGUAACUCUGGGUCUUCAUGAGAGCCAGUUUCAUCAUAGCGCUUGUUGGUUUUUACAACUGCACUUGAAGAAACUUUCAAAGUUCUUGAAAUGUUCCGUAUUGACUGACCUUCAUGUCUUAAAUAAUGAUGGACUGUCGUUUCUCUUUGCUUAUUUGAGCUGUUCUUGCCAUAAUAUGGACUUGGUCUUUUACCAAAUAGGGCUAUCUUCUGGCUAUCAUCAACUACAAUGUAGAACAUUGUGAAAAAUAAAGUAAACCCUGGAAUGAGUAGGUGUCCAAACUUGUGACUGUUACUGUAUGUAGAUAGAAUAUUUUCAAUGUCCCAAUGGAAAGGUAAGAUCAUGUUGGGUGAUUCUCGUGACUGAUCUACAGUGUCAGCCAUUACAUGUGGUUUUGGUCUGUAGCCUACUUCAUCCCAUGAUGCAGGUAAAUAAAGCAUUGGUAAAGAGCCAAUGGUAACUGUUGUAUUUCUACACUUAAACUUAUUAAGAUGCUGGUACAACCAUGGUAAUUUUGCUUUUUAAAUUGAGAGCUAGUAGCCUACUUGGGUUUCUAGGCUGCAUAGACGGUGUGCUUAGUUGCACAUAAGAUAAAGGGAAAUAACUAUUAGGUGCCUUUUGGCUGACGACCUCCCUUGAAGUGUAUGAAUAGCUAGAGCUGAGUGCUUGAUCGUGUGUGCACUUUACAAGAUUCUGUUUACAGUACAAGCUUUGCCUGAGAACAAGCAUAACAAAACAGAUUAGGUCAGAAUCUGUGUGUGUGACUGUCCCUUUGUUAAUCACACACCUUCAGACAUGCAAAAGCAAGACUCAGACAGUGGCUCUGUGGGUUAUGCAACAGUUUUCAUGCUGCUGCAAAAUAGUUUAUUUCUGCUUGUUUCCUUUCCCCUUUGUCUGUUUCUAUUAGAAGUGUGGGGAGGCGGUGUGUGGCUGUGGGGGAUAGCACUACCCUACACUCUCAGGCUUGUGCCAACCUCAGUCAACAAGGGAGAGUUUGUUGAGUUGAGCUAAAGGCAGCGAGAUGAGAAUUCUAUGGAAGUGGUUCGCUGCAGAUGCUAUAUUUGUUUUACGUUUUCACUCUGGGGUGGUUAAGUACAGCUUGCUUUCCACAGCUUCACAAAAUCAGAUGUAGGCUACUAGUACUAGGCUCAGUAGUUUUGAAAUCAGUGCGCCACAGCAGGGAGCUAGAUGCAUGGCAAAAUGGAUAGUUACCCCCCAAAACAUUACAAAUGUUGAUACUUCUAUUAUUUUGCAAUAAGCAAUUGAACUUACUAAUUACCAUGUUAUUUGUGACAGCUGACAUCAUAUCCACUGUGGAAUUCAAUCACUCUGGGGAGCUACUAGCCACUGGGGACAAGGGGGGCCGCGUUGUCAUCUUUCAGCAGGAGCUAGAGGUAAGUGGAGGUUACUGCUCAACACAGCCCACUAUAAUUAAGCACUUGACAGAGUCGUCUCAGUAGUAUAUUUAUUUUUGACAUGAUUGGACCCAGAAUCUGCGUUGUGCAUGUUGUCAUUGAGCAGAGUAAGAGCCAGCCACAGUGCCGUGGAGAGUACAAUGUUUACAGCACCUUCCAGAGCCACGAGCCUGAGUUCGACUACUUGAAGAGCCUUGAGAUCGAGGAGAAGAUCAACAAGAUCCGGUGGCUGCCUCAGAAGAACGCUGCACAGUUCCUCUUGUCCACGAAUGGUCAGUAGAGCAGUGUGUGCAUGUAGCCUUACCCUUCCUAGCCCUUUCCUCUGUUGGAGAUGGGGGGGGGGGACUCUAAAUAAGCUGUUCAUUAUAUUGACUCAUUUGUACGUUUUGAAUAGGAGAGGGAGCAACGGAAAUAUAUUGCUGAUGCAGAAGCAGCAUUGACAUACAUGUGUGCUGUCUUGCAGAUAAAACUAUAAAGCUGUGGAAAAUCAGUGAACGGGACAAGAGACCAGAGGGGUACAACCUGAAGGAAGAGGAUGGGCGUUACAGAGACCCCACCACCGUCACAAAACUACGGGUGUGUAGACCUUCACGUACAUAUACCCUACACACUCAGAGACCCCAACAUUGACUCAUCCUAUACACUACACACAAAACUCAUACACCUGGCUAGAGAGAACCUGCUAAAUCUCCUCCUUCCUCUUCACCAUAGGUCCCAGUGUUUCAGCCCAUGGACCUGAUGGUGGAGGCCAGUCCCAGACGAGUGUUUGCUAAUGCACACACCUACCACAUCAACUCCAUCUCGGUCAACAGCGACUGUGAGACCUACCUGUCUGCCGAUGACCUUCGCAUCAACCUCUGGAACCUGGAGAUCACUGACCGCAGCUUUAGUAUCCUCUCUGUGUUUGGUCCCCAUCACUUUUCCUUUCAGUCUGUCUAAUGAGCACUUCAGAAGGUCCUCUUGGUGAUCUUGUUCCAUCUUGAUGUAAUGCUUAAAACAUUUUUUUAUUAUGCAUUGAGUUUGCUUGGAUAGCACUGUAACCAAUUUUAAUGAGAUAGUUCAACAACGCACAAUUAAAGAAAUGUUUGGGUCAGAGUAGUUCAGGUGCCCCAUUUCUUAUCUGUGGUGUCAGAGCCAAAUUUGGUAAAAGGUCUUUUAUGUACUCUGCGCCAUCGUCUUGGAACACCUUACAAAAUAAUUUUAAACUGGAAGAACUUGUCCCGAUUGGUGUUUUUAAAUCUCUUACAGGAUGGGCAUUCCCUGACCUGACACUUUGUCUAAUUGUAGUAUGCACCUAUCUGCUCUGUGAAUUAUGAAGCUCUCUUACCAGCACUUCCAACGUAGUUGUAAUGUGUUGUCAUGAUAUUUUUGUAGAUGCUGUGCCCUUGGACGACAGUUGGUGAUAAAGGAUUUGUAAAUCAUACUUUUCCAGUUUUCGGAACAGUUAAAGUUAAUAAAGCCCUAGGUUUUCCUAGACCUCUGAAGCCUUAGACUUCAUGAGGACCAGUCCAGCUACAUUGAGACUUGACAGAGGACUUACGAGCAGCAAUUCUCCUGUUUCAUAGUGUGCAACCCUUGAUCAAGCAAGCCGCUCAUCUUCUCGAUCCUGCUCUCGUACUGAUGUCAGUCUUUACCACACUCCAAACGUAGUGAUGGACAGUGGAUCAUAUAUACAGCAAAUCUGGGCCCAAGGAGACCUUGUGCACUAAAGUAUCAUCAUGUUGAUCUACGAGAUAGUUCCAGCUAGCACACUUCUCCUUGUUUCAUUCAGUGUUUGAAGAGCCUGAGGAUCCAAGCAACCGCUCAUUCUUCUCUGAGAUCAUCUCCUCCAUCUCUGAUGUCAAGUUCAGCCACAGUGGGCGCUACAUGAUGACCAGGGACUACCUCACCGUCAAAAUCUGGGACCUCAACAUGGAGUCCCGUCCAGUAGAGACUUAUCAGGUCAGCUGGUGUCUGUGGCGGGAGAUAGUGACAUCAUGGAUGUUGCAUCCAAAAUUCCAUUUGCUUGUCAACUCUAAACUUCUAGUUUGAUACAUACAUCUUCCACUAGGAGAAGAUGGUGUGUGUAAAUGUGUCCUUUACAAAGGCGCACCUGUCCUGAAUUGGUCCCUGUUGUAUUUUAUGUAUUUCUAGCAAAGAUACAUUCACUUGAUUGUUGUAUCAUUUGUUAUCAUUUGAAGGUAUGCUUAUAUUAGACUGAACCAAUGUGUUUUUUUUGUGCAAAUAUUAUGUACUCCAGUGUCUUGAUUCACUAUCAUUUUCCUCCCAACAGGUUCAUGAAUACCUCAGGAGUAAACUGUGCUCACUCUAUGAGAAUGACUGCAUCUUUGAUAAGUUUGAGUGCUGCUGGAAUGGAAAUGACAGGUGAGGCUCGUCAAGUUUUGCCAUAAAUUCUUAACUUGAUGCUGUAUCUAUGAAUUGAGCCUAUCCGAUAUGGGUAUUUUGGAUCUGAUUUUAUAGUGGAAAUAUUCACAAUAACCGAUAUAUCUGCCGAUGUAUUUAUUAAUAUAGCUGGAAUGGAAGAAAAAAAAACUUUUUCUGUAUAGAUUGUGCUUAAAACAGCCCUACAAAGAUACUCAGAAAGAUGCUCUUAAAUUUGAGGAAAGAACAUUAAUGUAAUGGAUUUAUGAUGAAUGGUUACUAUUAACUUUUGUUUUUGACAAAUGAGGCCUUGGGGUUUGCUUAUGGUCAUUUGGUGUAUUCCAAAAGUAGAUCAUAAAUAAUACUGCACAGUAUGAAUGAAUCAUGAUUUAUGGAAGUGGAUAAUUAAACAGUAAGCAAAAAUAACAUAAAAUACAGAUAGAUUGCUGGAUACAGUAGAAUCAUGCAAAAUGAUUAUGGAAGCUUUGCAUUUGUGCCCUAAAAGGUUAAGAGCACCACAUAAAAUGUAGGAGCACCAGAAAGAUUAAGUUUUGUUAUGGAAAAACUGAAGACUGAGCUGCCUCAUGCUAGCCAGCUUGACGACAACAUAUUUUCAAUGUAUUGGUAUUUAUCUGUUUUCAUCGAUUUGUAGGGCUGUAGCCAAUGAAUUCUGGUAGGUGUACAGUGAGGGAAAAAAGUAUUUGAUCCCCUGCUGAUUUUGUACGUUUGCCCACUGACAAAGAAAUUCAGUCUAUAAUUUUAAUGGUAGGUUUAUUUGAACAGUGAGAGACAGAAUAACAACAUUCAGAAAAAACGCAUGUCAAAAAUGUUAUGAAUUGAUUUGCAUUUUAAUGAGGGAAAUAAGUAUUUGACCCCCUCUCAAUCAGAAAGAUUUCUGGCUCCCAGGUGUCUUUUAUACAGGUAACAAGCUGAGAUUAGGAGCACACUCUUAAAGGGAGUGCUCCUAAUCUCAGUUUGUUACCUGUAUAAAAAACACCUGUCCACAGAAGCAAUCAAUCAAUCAGAUUCCAAACUCUCCACCAUGGCCAAGACCAAAGAGCUCUCCAAGGAUGUCAGGGACAAGAUUGUAGACCUACACAAGGCUGGAAUGGGCUACAAGACCAUCGCCAAACUGCUUGGUGAGAAGGUGACAACAGUUGGUGCGAUUAUUCGCAAAUGGAAGAAACACAAAAGAACUGUCAAUCUCCCUCGGCCUGGGGCUCCAUGCAAGAUCUCACCUCGUGGAGUUGCAAUGAUAAUGGGAACGGUGAGGAAUCAUCCCAGAACUACACGGGAGGAUCUUGUCAAUGAUCUCAAGGCAGCUGGGACCAUAGUCACCAAGAAAACAAUUGGUAACACACUACGCCGUGAAGGACUGAAAUCCUGCAGUGCCCGCAAGGUCCCCCUGCUCAAGAAAGCACAUAUACAGGCCCGUCUGAAGUUUGCCGAUGAACAUCUGAAUGAUUCAGAGGAGAACUGGGUGAAAGUGUUGUGGUCAGAUGAGACCAAAAUCGAGCUCUUUGGCAUCAACUCAAUUUGCCGUGUUUGGAGGAGGAGGAAUGAUGUGACCCCAAGAACACCAUCCCCACCGUCAAACAUGGAGGUGGAAACAUUAUGCUUUGGGGGUGUUUUUCAGCUAAGGGGACAGGACAACUUCACCGCAUCAAAGGGACGAUGGACGGGGCCAUGUACCGUCAAAUCUUGGGUGAGCACCUCCUUCCCUCAGCCAGGGCAUUGAAAAUGGGUCGUGGAUGGGUAUUCCAACAUGACAAUGACCCAAAACACACGGCCAAGGCAACAAAGGAGUGGCUCAAGAAGAAGCACAUUAAGGUCCUGGAGUGGCCUAGCCAGUCUCCAGACCUUAAUCCCAUAGAAAAUCUGUGGAGGGAGCUGAAGGUUCGAGUUGCCAAACGUCAGCCUCGAAACCUUAAUAACUUGGAGAAGAUCUGCAAAGAAGAGUGGGACAAAAUCCCUUCUGAGAUGUGUGCAAACCUGGUGGCCAACUACAAGAAACGUCUGACCUCUGUGAUUGCCAACAAGGGUUUUGCCACCAAGUACUAAGUCAUGUUUUGCAGAGGGGAGAAAUAUUUAUUUCCCUCAUUUAAAAUGCAAAUCAAUUUAUAACAUUUUUGACAUGUGUUUUUCUGGAUUUUUUUGUUAUUCUCUCUCACUGUUCAAAUAAACCUACCAUUAAAAUUAUAGACUGAUCGUGUCUUUGUCAGUGGGCAAACCCCAUUGAAGUUGAAAUUUAAAAUGGUUAGGGUAGGGUUUAGGCUAGGGACGUCCCAAGGAUUCCAGAUAGCACUAACCCUCAGUGAACUGCGUCAAGUACUCUCACACAGCUAGUUAGCGAGCGCUUGUCGUGGAAAUGGGGGUGGCGAAACGUGAAUUUGGACCAGUCCUUGACAAGUGACAACCCAUACAUCAAAACGUAGCAACGAAGCGCUACUUUGUAACCUGAUGUUUUUUUUGUCUCUGAAAACAUUUGAAUGACAGAGGCAGAGCUUGAGGAAUACCCUUCGCAAAGAGCAAAUAUAACACACCAGAUUUAGCGGGCUUCACUAAGGGGCUGUAACGUUCACGUUGCCACAGAGUUGAACGUUCUUAGCACAUUUUGGCAUAGCAUCCAUUGUUUGUCAUGACACCCAACACCCUACCAUGACACUUCACGUAACAGUCUAUGGCCAGUGUGCGUUUUUGGCACUUUAUUGAGCUUGCGAGCUUCUAUCUACUCAGCACUCACCGUAGAAGCAGUAGGCCUAACAGUUAGUUCACAGUAUUUCACUCUCCUCUCCAACUGGUGUAGUUGCGUUGGGUGAUAAGUGUCCAGUCUGUAGCACGCCAAGGCAAGAUAGGCUAAUAGCCAUGUAAAGAGCUCCCUCUUCAGGGCAAAUAAUGAAAUGCCCAAAUAAUUGUCAGAUUCUAUGAACAGCUUUUUUCCAGAGCGUUUUCUCCGCGUCUUAUAUCGGCCCUUUCCGGUGGAUUAAACGCCAAUACAAAUACAUCCUUAAAAGGCUCAUAUUGGUCAGCCUCUAAUUAUUAAUAGCUGUCUGACAUUAAUCAGGAAGUUGAUGCGGUAUGAUACAUUAGAUCAAUGUUUGAUAUUGAGGACACUGAAUCAUCAAAGUAAUAGUUGUAUUUAUUGUAGUGCAUAGUCAUUUUAUGUUCCAUUAGGCCUACAGAAGAAGGGUUGUAGCUACUGUAAGAUACAGUACAUUGGGAUUUCCCCUCAUCUGAACUUAGCAGCACAGGCCUUUAUCAAAGGCUGCCUUUAUCUCAGUCAAACAGAACUCAAGGCUCCCCCUUGCAUUACGUCUGUAAUGGUGGACUCAAGGUGGAUCUGUCUGUAUUAGCUUGUUGAUACAUCAUGUUUUUUUUACUCAUUCACCGUACACGUUUAGGUUUCCCAUCCCGCACAAAAGCCACUGGAUUGCCAUUAUAAAGACUGUUGUUCCUGUCCCUUGACAUCCUUGUAUACAUUCCACAGUACACUUGAAUGUUGUAAGGGCUGAUUUAAUGAAUGUGUUGGCUAGAUUCUGUGAUUGAAAGACUGAUGUGAAACCACGGUCAGUCUGCCACUACCUCUGAGUCUCAUUCCACACCCUUGUCCUCCUCAGUGUUGUGAUGACAGGCUCGUACAACAACUUCUUCCGGAUGUUUGACCGAGGCUACCGGCAGGAUGUGACCCUGGAGGCGUCUCGGGAGAGCAGUAAGCCUCGCUCUGUGCUCAAGCCCCGCAAGGUGUGCACAGGUGGGAAACGCAAGAAGGACGAGAUCAGUGUAGACAGCCUGGACUUUAACAAGAAGAUCCUCCACACGGCCUGGCACCCCCAGGACAACAUCAUUGCCGUGGCCACCACUAACAACCUCUAUAUAUUUCAGGACAGACUGUAA